AUGACAUAAACUGACUUAGGUAACGGCGCUGUAUGAAGUCUAAGUUGUUCAUUACUUGGCGCGAGGUCAUAGAAGUACCUGAUAUAUGUAAUUGGUCGUACAAACUCAGUGUGUAUAUGUGUAUAUAUAUAUAUAUUAUAUAUAUAUAUAUAUGUAUAUUAUCAAUUUAUUUGCAUAUAAAGUUUAAUUAUUAAUAUUUCAUUUCUCUACUACAAAAGUUAUAUAAUUACACACAAAAUGUUUUGGGGUUUAAUAUUAGAACCAAAUAAGCGGUAUACACAGACCGUUGAAAAAUCAUUCCAUGUAUCAAUGGCCAGUUUAAAUCUUUCAACAGCCGAUGACAAUGUGGUACAAGUAAUGUUAUAUUAUGAAAAUAGUAGUUAUUUAUUAUGCAAUUUAAAAAAGAGCUCAACAUGGCAGGUACCACUUGAUUUAAAUUUUCAAGAAGGAACUACGAUAGCAUUCAUAUGUCAUGGCCAUGGUCAAGUUCAUUUAACUGGUUAUUUAAUACCUGAUGAGGAUUUGGAUUUAGAUGAGAUAGAAGAAGAAGAAGAAGAUGAGCAGGUACCACAAUUACUUGACAAACAAUCUAAGAGAAAAGCUACAGAUUCUUUAAAAAAUGAGAAAAAUGUUAAACGUCUUAAACAAGAAAUUGAAGCUGAAUCUUCUGAUGAAGAUAUAGAAUUAGAUGGAAUAAAUGAAGAAAAUGACUCUGAUGAUUCUGAAGAAGAUGAAGAUUCAUUAUUAAAUGAAGAAGAAACUGAAGAAGAUGAAGAAGAUGAAGAAAAAAAUGAACAAGAUGAAGAAGAAAAAAAAGUGAAAAUUCAACAAAAAGACAAAAAAAAUAAACAACAACAAAAAAAAAGAGAAGAUAAAAUAAUAAUAAAUGGAAAAGAAAUAAAACAAGAAAAAAAUAAAGGAGAACAACAACAAAGUGAAAUGAAUGUUCAAACUGAUCAAAAAAAAAGAGUAGUAGAAGGUGGAGUGCAAAUAGAAGAAUUAAAAAUAGGUAAUGGCUCUUUUGCUAAGAAUGGAAAAUUUGUGUCUGUAUAUUAUGUGGGUCGUUUGAAAAAUGGAAAAAAGUUUGAUGCAACAACACAUGGAGAUGGUUUCAAAUUUAGACUUGGAAAAGGUGAAGUAAUUAAAGGAUGGGAUAUUGGUAUUGCAGGAAUGAAAGUUGGAGGAAAACGUCGUAUUACAAUACCUCCAGCUAUGGCGUAUGUGUUAUUUAUUACUAUUUAUAAACUAAAUAUUUUUUUUGUUUUAGAUAUAUUAUUAUUUCUUACAAAAAAUAUAUUUGUUAUAGAUAUGGUACAAAAGGUUCACCACCUGUUAUUCCUGGUAAUAGUACAUUAAUGUUUGAAGUGGAACUUAGGAAUGUACAUUAAAACUUCUGAAUAAACUUUUUAUUGAUAUUUAAGUGUUUGUUAAGUGACAUAUAAUGUAUUUUAAACUAAUAAACGUAAUAUCCUUUUUUAUUACUUAAAAA